AACAAGGAAAGCAGCACCCAAACUGAAAAUGUUUCUCAGACUCUCUAAAGCAGUGCUUUUUAUGCUUGGAGUCUUUUUCUUUAUGUCCUUCUUUUAUGAUUUUAUCAAUGUGCCACCAAAGCCUUUGAAGAAUAAGCCUUUCCAAGCAAGAGAUCUUCCAAAGAAUGAAACCUCAGUUCAGUGGAAACCCUCGAUUGGGGAGGCACUUUCAAGUACUGCUCAAAUCUCGUCUCCUCAAAUCAGUAAUCUAAAGAAAUUCCGUGAAAAAAUGAUUUUGCUUCGAAGAAGUUAUAUUCAUCUUGACAAUGAGACACUCCAAGAAUUGAAGGAAGGACAAAUAAAUGAAAUUCGGAAUACUUUAGCUCAAGAGCUCCAAGAAGUGGCCAAUCUUUGGCUCCAAAACGCGUCGGCGAAUCCACGAAAAGUAUUGAUACUCACCACAUGGCGAUCGGGAUCUACCUUUUUCGGCGAGCUUCUCAACCAAUUCCCCGGGUCCUAUUACUUCUUUGAGCCUUUGAUUGAACAACACGUCCAAAGAGCAGCAACAAAUUCCACUCAGAUGGACAUCUUGGAACACCUUUUCAAUUGCAAUUAUCAGGAUAUCAGAUACUCCAAGGAAAGCAAAUGGAUCUUGAGACAUAAUUCUCGGUUGAUGCCCAUUUGUAAGAAGACUCUUGGUUUUAAAGAGGAAGAUCUGUGCUUGGAUUCAGAUUUUCUGAGCAAAGUCUGCGCAUUGUUUCCAAUCCGAUUGAUGAAAACGGUCAGAUUGGAAACCAGGAAUGUUGAAGACUUAAUGAAAAAGCUUCCAGGUCUGAAGGUGAUCUCCUUGAUCCGGGAUCCCCGAGGGAUCGUGGCGUCUCGGGAACGAAUGCCUUGGUGUUCAAGGCCUCAGUGUUCAGAUGUACAGCAUGUCUGUGAACGGUAUAACCGAGAUGUGGAGAGUUCUUUCGAAUUCAGAUCCAAGUUUUCCGAGCGUUUCAUGGUUGUUCGAUAUGAAGAUAUGUCUCUAAAUCUCUACCGCACUGUCCAAAGGGUGUCAGAGUUCUUGGAUUUUUCUCUCUCUGAAAAGAUCAUCAGUUACAUCCAAAACCACACCAAUUUACCCCAAUUUCGUGCAAGAAAAGGUCAUGAUAUGUCCCUGAAACAUUCUCAUGGGACAUUUCGGAACACUAAAUCCCACACUUUCGAAUGGCGAUCCACGAUCAAAUCCGAGGCUUUGAACCAAACGCAACAACUCUGCGCCUCAGGCAUGAAUCGCAUGGGAUACAAAUUGGUGCCAUCCAUAGGAGUCCUACAUAAUCCAAACAUCAAGCUCAUGGAUCAAAUUUACUAA